CUUAAGAGACGUCUUUCUUCUCGUUCGACGUCUUCCCGCUUAGUCAUUCCAAUACUAUCUGCCUAGUCGGUUUCUUUGAAGCUGUUAGUCAGGCAAUAUCCUGGGCACCCCAAUUGCGGGGUCCUCGCGGCCUUCUCAGCUGCCUCAUCUUCGGUCCGGAGAGGACCCGGCGCCGAAUCACUGACGGGCCCAGGUGUCGGGACAAUGAUGUUUGAAGGUUCCGGUUUCUCCACAUUCUUGUCAACACUUUUUAUAUCAUGUGCCUUUUGAUUAUAUCAAUAGCUAGCCUAAAAAUGAUCCACAGCCUAUUUCUCAUUAACUGUUCCGGUGACAUAUUUCUAGAGAAGCACUGGAAAAGCGUUGUGAGCCAGUCUGUCUGUGAUUAUUUCUUUGAAGCUCAAGAGAAGGCUGCUGAUGUUGAAAAUGUACCACCUGUCAUUUCAACACCUCACCACUACCUCAUCAGUAUCUACCGGGAUAAGCUCUUCUUUGUGUCUGUCAUACAGACUGAAGUGCCACCUCUCUUUGUAAUUGAGUUCCUACAUCGAGUUGCUGAUACCUUUCAGGACUACUUUGGUGAGUGUUCAGAGGCUGCAAUUAAGGAUAAUGUGGUCAUAGUUUAUGAGCUCUUGGAAGAAAUGUUAGACAAUGGAUUUCCACUGGCUACUGAAUCUAACAUUUUGAAAGAACUGAUUAAACCACCAACAAUUCUACGUUCUGUUGUCAACUCUAUUACAGGCAGUAGUAAUGUUGGGGACACACUCCCUACUGGGCAGCUCUCCAAUAUCCCAUGGCGCCGAGCAGGGGUAAAGUAUACAAACAAUGAAGCCUAUUUUGAUGUCGUUGAAGAAAUAGAUGCAAUUAUAGAUAAAUCAGGAUCUACAGUCUUUGCAGAAAUUCAGGGGGUUAUUGAUGCUUGCAUUAAGUUAUCUGGAAUGCCUGACCUUUCCCUUUCUUUUAUGAACCCAAGGCUUCUAGAUGAUGUCAGUUUCCACCCCUGUAUCCGGUUCAAGCGUUGGGAAUCUGAAAGAGUUUUGUCAUUUAUUCCUCCAGAUGGAAAUUUCCGACUCAUAUCAUACCGUGUCAGCUCACAAAAUCUAGUGGCAAUACCAGUGUAUGUGAAACACAGCAUCAGCUUUAAGGAAAAUAGUUCUUGUGGCAGAUUUGAUAUUACAAUUGGACCAAAGCAGAAUAUGGGAAAAACUGUUGAAGGAAUCACAGUGACAGUUCAUAUGCCAAAAGUUGUGCUGAACAUGAACCUGACAUCAACACAAGGCAGCUAUACGUUUGAUCCAGUUACCAAGGUCUUGACAUGGGAUGUGGGGAAAAUUACUCCACAAAAGCUUCCAAGUCUUAAAGGACUGGUAAAUUUACAAGCUGGAGCACCCAAGCCAGAAGAGAAUCCAAGCCUCAACAUACAGUUCAAGAUUCAGCAGCUUGCUAUUUCAGGCUUAAAAGUAAACCGCUUGGACAUGUAUGGGGAGAAAUAUAAGCCAUUUAAAGGAGUCAAGUAUGUCACAAAAGCUGGAAAGUUCCAAGUGAGGACAUGAGAAGAGGCCAAAAUUCUUCAAGAUCUGUUUGUUUUCCAACUGUCAUUACAGUUUAUUACUAUUAGGUACCAAGUGGGUGGGAAUACAUAUUCUAGUUAAAGCAUUUUUGUCAAGCCACACACCGCUAACAAAGUUGCUUAGUAAUCAAUGUAGGAUCCUAAAGGAGCUUUUAAGCUAAGGAAAAUUUUGAAUAACUUAGCUUAUUUUAUAUCUUUUCAACUUAGGACGAUUUUAGAGGUGAUUUCCUCCAUAAGGGGGCACCAGCUGGAGGCUGCACAUUUUAACAGUAAAGGCAGAAGUCUACAGUGAUAACCUGUCUCCUAAAAGAAGUAAACUGGUCUCAGCCAGCAGGAGCUGUCUUAAUCUGUAGUGUGAUGUAUCAGGUGCACCCAAGUGUCACACCUGAUCUUAGCCAUCCCUAAUGGCAUAUGUCCCAACAGAGGAAAUUCCCCCACCCCAAGAAGUUUACAGAAAACUGCCUCUUCAAGUGUUUGCCUUAUUCAGCUUUUCACUUGUGCCAUUAAGCAAGCACUGUAGCAGAAGCCACUUCCACAUGGCCCUGGCAGGGAGCACUGCUGCUCUAUGCUCCAUUCUCACUGUACUUGGUAUUUGGUAUUGUAUUUUUUAUAAAUAAGAUUUUUAUGUAAAGCUCAGAUUUUGAUUUACAGGGAUCUUGCUGGAUUAAGUACCAUCUCAGUUUUGUGCCACUGGUUCUGCUGUUAGCACAGUAAAAAUUAUUUGUAUCAAAGGGGUGAAUGCUUUAUUAAGAUAAUAAAAGGGAACACUACUUCUGCUUUUAGGAAAUUAUUGCAAGCACAAGCAUUUGAGAUUUUAAGCAAGUUAUAGUAAAAGAGAAGCUUAAGUGAACCAUUACCAUCUUCAUAUUUUAUAAAGUUUAUCCAACACCACUUAAACCAUAGUUAGCCUAAAGGCCUCAUGCCCUAGUUCAGAUAAAGGAGGAAAAUGUACCUGCCUCACUAUUGUUGACAGUUGGGGGGUUGGAGGGGGUAGGAUCUUUUAUCUUUUUUGUUGUUCUUAAGGACUUAAAUUUGCCUGCAGCUCUUGUCAAUAGGGGGAAUUCCCUUUUCAUACUGUAUGCUUUCCAAAUCUAUAGUCAAUAGAUUCCUUCCUGAAACUUAUAAUUGUCAUUGGAAUACUUAAAUGUCUCUACUAUACUGACAAGGUGUAUGGAAGUAUAUAAUAUUGGGGCAGAAACAAAAUCCUUACUAACUUGUAUGAAACUAUAUUGACCAUCAUGGUUGGCAAGUUACUCUACAGUUGUAUCAUUUCACUCAGCUUCAUUAGCUUAGAAAUCCUUGCUUAUUUUGCCUCAUUAGACAUGAAGAAUGGAAAAAGGCUGAAAGUUAGGUUAUAAAUGUUUGUUCUUAGGUUUCCUUCUUGUUCUUUCUUAUGCUAUUAGCUUUUUUAUCCUUGGGACUGCUUUCUUUUCAUUCCGCUAAGAUUAUCAUUCUUUCCUUAUCAUCUAAGGAUAGCCCUUAAAAAUUCAUCUCAUUCUGCUACCAAGGGCCAAUGUUUAGUUGUACAGGGGUUCCACUAUGCAGCAGCAUUCUUACCUUUGCCUGUCUAGGGUAUCCAGCCUCCCUUUCAUCUACCAGGAAAGAAGUUUUGUAAUUUUGGUAUUUCUAGAGUCACCAUUAUCAGUUAGCUUCGCAACUAAAAUUAAAAUGUUGCCAAAUAUUUAUCCCCUUUGCCUAAGGUUGGUCACCUAGUUCAGCUGCUUUUCAUUUUUAAUGUCUUACUCAUCAGAGUUCAUACCUCAAAAGAAUAAUCAGUAUUUUGCUUUUUUCCUGGAGAAUCCUCAUCUCUACCAGUCAUAUCUAGACUAUCCAAUUUUUUUUCUGUUGUCUUCACUUAAUAUACAAGCAGAUUGUAUACCAAGAACCUCUCUAGCAAUUUCUGCUAAGACUUUUAAGUAGACUGUUUACUUUUUCAAUUAAAUUAUUCCAUUUAUUGAUAUGAUUGAAUCCAAAAGGAACUGAAUCCUUUCUCUAGCUCUGGCUAUACUGUCAAUAAAAAGAUGAAGCAAUAGUUGAUUAUUUUAGUUUGACUGCUGGCCACAGAUAGUAAUCAGUGAUCAAAGCUAUUCUUCCUACCACCAUUAUCAUUACUCACUAUGAAAAUUUAGUAGUAGUGGACUAUUUUUCAAGCACAGAAUUCCAGGUAAUCCUAAAAUAACCCAUUGUUUAAAAAUCCUAUAUAAGGAAACUACCAUCUUAUUCAAAGGAAAUUCAUGUGAUCCCUUAAGUGGCGCUCUACAUAAGAACCCUUAGAGUCAUCUGAUUUGAGAAAACUAUAAUGUAGCAGAAAGGCAGUGCCAUUGAUCAUAUGGUGAGUAGCAAAAAUGAGACCAUAGAUUUCUUUUUUCAGAUAUUGCUGAGUUAAUUCAGUAGCGUUGGACAUUUUCCUGUAACUCAGCAGACUGGAAUCUGACUCCCUAGUCAGCAUCUUUCCUAAGUUACAACAGUAACAAAUGUAAUCAGCAACACUAUCACCGUUUCAGAUCUAGAAAACCAGGCAAAAAUAGUGAUAACCCAGCUCUACUCCAAGAACCUUCUACUCUUCUAGUUAGUGCUUCCUCAUGCAAGAACUGGGCUACGCACCCCCCCAAAGCUAGCUCUGCCUCAUUACCCUGUUGUUCUAUAUUGGGAUUUGGAAUAUGAAAAAUAGACCUAUGGUAUUCCUGCACAUGUAACAGUUUCAUCCUCUUAGAGGAUACACAAACAGCUAGAAUCUUCUAAGAUUUAGACUUCUUCAACUGGGGAAUGAGUCACAUCACCUGCUAAUUUACUCCUCCUGUUUGUCACUUCUGCUCUUUCUAGUAUAUAAGCCCCAAAGUUGUAGUUUAUUACACAAAUCCUUGUUAAGUAAAUACACUAUAGCUGUUUCUCACUUCGUCCAGACUGAUUAAAUAAAAAUUUUUAGUUUCCAGAUCUUGAGGAUUAGUUGCAUUGCUAUUCCAAAAUUAAGAAAAAACCUGCUCUAAUAACAUAUCCAUUUAAAGCAUUAUUUAUACAAAUGCACUUUAUUGUUUUAAACAGAACAAAUGAAGAGGCAGAAAAUAUUUGCAUAUAACAAAUACUAGAUAAUAAAUGUAGACUUUUAGUGGUGAUGUCUCUAA